AUACCGCGUGCUAGUUCGUAAAAUGCAGCCAACAGGGAAUCAAAUACAACAAAACCAGCAACAACAGCAACAACUGAUAAUGCGUGUUCCGAAACAAGAAGUUUCAGUUUCUGGAGCAGCACGUCGUUAUGUUCAACAGGCUCCACCGAAUCGACCACCACGGCAGAAUCAUCAAAAUGGGGCAAUUGGUGGCAAAAAGUCAUCGGUUACUAUACAAGAAGUUCCGAAUAAUGCGUAUUUGGAGACCUUGAACAAAUCCGGAAACAACAAAGUUGACGACGACAAGCUUCCAGUAUUUCUGAUAAAAUUGUGGAAUAUCGUAGAAGAUCCAAAUCUUCAAUCAAUUGUUCAUUGGGAUGAUUCUGGUGCAAGCUUUCAUAUUUCUGAUCCAUAUUUAUUUGGGAGAAAUGUUUUGCCGCAUUUUUUCAAGCAUAACAAUAUGAAUAGCAUGGUCAGACAGUUGAAUAUGUACGGCUUCCGAAAGAUGACUCCACUGUCCCAAGGUGGUCUAACUCGAACAGAAUCAGAUCAGGAUCAUUUAGAGUUUAGUCAUCCGUGUUUUGUACAAGGACGUCCCGAAUUACUAUCACAGAUUAAGAGAAAGCAAUCGGCAAGAACUGUGGAGGACAAGCAGGUUAACGAACAGACGCAACAAAAUUUGGAAGUAGUAAUGGCAGAGAUGCGUGCGAUGCGAGAAAAGGCAAAGAAUAUGGAGGAUAAGAUGAAUAAGCUUACAAAAGAAAAUCGCGAUAUGUGGACACAAAUGGGCUCAAUGCGUCAACAACAUGCUCGCCAACAGCAAUAUUUCAAAAAACUUUUGCAUUUUCUCGUCUCUGUCAUGCAGCCAGGAUUGUCGAAGCGUGUCGCGAAACGAGGUGUGCUGGAAAUAGACUUUUGCGCCGCCAACGGAACUGCCGGACCCAACUCAAAACGUGCUCGAAUGAACUCUGAAGAAGGUCCAUACAAGGAUGUUUGUGAUCUACUAGAAUCACUUCAACGCGAGACUCAGGAACCAUUUUCCCGUCGAUUUACGAAUAAUGAAGGACCACUGAUCUCAGAGGUUACCGAUGAAUUUGGAAAUUCUCCUGUUGGAAGAGGAAGUGCUCAGGAUCUAUUUGGUGAUACAUUUGGAGCACAAAGUAGUCGAUAUUCUGAUGGAGGAGCUACAAGCUCACGUGAACAAUCUCCACAUCCUAUAAUAUCUCAGCCGCAGAGCAACUCGGCUGGAGCACACGGAGCCAAUGAGCAAAAGCCAGAUGAUAUGUACAUGGGAUCCGGUCCAUUGACUCAUGAGAAUAUUCAUCGUGGGAUUUCUGCGCUGAAACGGGAUUAUCAGGGUGCUUCUCCUGCUUCAGGAGGACCAUCUACAUCAUCUUCGGCUCCAUCUGGAGCUGGAGCUGGAGCAAGAAUGGCUCAAAAACGAGCGGCUCCGUAUAAGAAUGCGACUAGGCAAAUGGCUCAGCCGCAACAAGACUAUUCGGGAGGAUUUGUGAACAAUUACAGUGGCUUCAUGCCUUCAGAUCCUUCAAUGAUUCCAUAUCAACCAUCUCAUCAAUACCUUCAACCACAUCAGAAGCUAAUGGCAAUAGAAGAUCAGCAUCAUCCAACGACUUCCACCUCAUCCACCAACGCAGAUCCUCAUCAAAAUCUAUAUUCUCCAACUCUCGGACUCUCUCCAUCAUUUGAUCGUCAAUUAUCUCAAGAACUUCAAGAAUAUUUCACUGGAACUGAUACUUCAUUGGAGAGUUUCAGAGAUUUAGUCAGUAAUCAUAAUUGGGAUGAUUUUGGGAAUAAUGUACCGUUGGAUGAUGAUGAAGAAGGAUCCGAGGAUCCACUCAGACAGCUUGCUCUUGAAAAUGCUCCGGAGACGUCGAAUUAUGAUGGAGCCGAGGAUUUGUUGUUUGAUAAUGAGCAACAGUACCCGGAAAAUGGAUUUGAUGUGCCGGACCCAAACUACUUGCCACUUGCCGACGAGGAAAUCUUCCCACAUUCACCGGCUCUUCGUACUCCAAGUCCAUCGGAUCCUAAUUUGGUUUAAUUAUUGAUUUUUUUUUUGAACGUUUAGCUCAAAAUUCCUCUCUUUUCCCUUAAAAAUUCCAAUUUCCCCGACUUUUUUAUUAUUUUUUUUCGUUUUUGAAAUGUGUUAAACCCCCUUUAAUAAUUAUAAUUUUUCUUAUUUUUAUUAUUAUUAUUAAGUUUCAAAAUCUACUACCCCUCUCCCAUCUUCCAUCUCCAUCUCUCAUGUGUUAUUUUUAUUCGGAAUAGUUGCAACUAAAUAUUAGUUUGUUUUUAAAAACCCCCGAAACUUUUCGGAAUAAAACCCAAA